UGACAUUUUGAGAAGCCAAUCCCUUUCUCUUUACUCUGUUAGUACGACCAGUCGUAACAUCAGGGUGGGAUUUAACGCAUUUAUCUUUUCAAAAUGGCGGUUGAGGUCGUUUUGGGAAGCGGCUCUGACUGAAAAGCUUGUUUAUUUGCAGUAUUCGCUCAGAUAAAUUAAGAAAAUAUUUGCCUGUAGUGUACAUAGUUUUUUUUUGUUUUUGUGUCUGUAGUGGCCGGCGUAGGCGGACCGUGUAAGAUGAAAGGGAAGGAACGGUCGCCGGUUAAAAAGCGUUCACGGGCCUUGGAUGAGAUCCGAGACAGGGGAGGGAACCAUCCACCCAGCAAGAAAAUGGGGGCUCUUUCUGCUUCUGGAGGCAGCAAUAACGGGAACAGCUCGGCGAAAAGUGAAGGGGGUUCGGCCAGGAGAAGUUUACUCGGCGAAAAGAGAGAGAGUCGGGAUUUUGAUGCACACGCUUCUAGCCGGACUGGGGGCAACCACAGCUACACCAGUCCUGCUGCGAGUUCCAGCAGCAAGAACCACAACCCCAGCCUGGUACUCGAGACAGCUGCGCGGACCAACUCACGCGCAGAGCCACGACCUCCGCUUCCCAAUAACGAGAGUGAGUACAAGACUCUUAAAAUUAGCGAAUUGGGCUCACAGCUCAGCGAUGAGGAAAUUGAGGAUGGACUCUUUCACGAGUUUAAGAAAUUCGGGGACGUGAGUGUAAAAAUAAGCCGGAUUAAUGACGAGAGGGUGGCAUUCGUUAACUUCAGACGGCCAGAAGAUGCGCGAGCGGCCAAGCACGCGCGCGGAAGGUUAGUGCUCUACGACCGGCCGCUAAAAAUCGAAGCUGUGUACAUGAACCGGAGGAGGAGUCGCUCGCCCAUUGAGAAAGACCCCUAUGCAGCUGUUGCGGGGCACAGACAUUUGCAUACCCAGAGACCGCUGUCUCCUACAGGCUUGGGGUACAGAGACUACCGACUGCAGCAAUUAGCUUUGGGCCGCCUCCCCCCUCCCCCGCCGCCCCCCCUUCCCCGCGACCUGGAGAGGGAACGGGAAUACGCUUUCUUUGAGGCCCGUGCGCGCCCCGCCUUCAUUGCUGAACGUGCUGCUGCUGCUGCUUUCCGCGAAGAAGAGUUUAUUUCUCCAGAAGACGACCAGAGGGCCAAUAGAACGCUGUUUCUGGGCAACCUGGACAUCACAAUCACGGAGAACGAUCUGCGGAGGGCGUUCGACAGGUUUGGGGUGAUCACCGAGGUGGACAUCAAGCGGCCCAGCAGGGGCCAAAGCAGCACUUACGGCUUUCUGAAGUAUGAGAAUUUGGACAUGGCGCACAGAGCCAAGCUGAGCAUGUCCGGCAAGGUGGUGGGCCGCAACCCCAUCAAGAUCGGCUACGGCAAGGCCACGCCCACCACCCGGUUGUGGGUGGGGGGGCUGGGCCCGUGGGUGCCUCUGGCGGCGUUGGCGCGUGAGUUUGACCGCUUUGGCACCAUCAGGACUAUUGACUACAGGAAGGGCGACACCUGGGCCUACAUCCAGUACGAGAGCCUGGACGCGGCGCAGGCGGCCUGCACCCACAUGCGGGGCUUCCCCCUGGGGGGCCCCGAGCGCCGGCUCAGGGUGGACUUCGCCGACACCGAGCACCGCUACCAGCAGCCGUUCCUCCAGCCGCUGCCCCUCCCCCACUACGACAUCGUGGCCGAGUCGUUCGUCCACCGGGCCACCCCGGAGGCGCUGCGGGUUCGGGAGAGGAGCCCUCCGCCCCCCUUGCACUUCCGGGAGCGGGAGCUGUUCCCCGGGGCGGAGUGGGCGGCGCCCGCGGUGCGGGAGCGCGUGCGCCCGGCCGCCUUCGAGGCGCUGGAGCACCUGGAGCGGCGGCCGCGGGAGGCCUGGUCGCUGGAGCGGGAGCUGCAGAGCCGCGACCCCGCCCGGAAGCGCCGCCCCGCGGAGGACGGGCGCCUGCCGGACCGCUCCCCGGACGGCGGGGACCGCGUGGUCCGCCGCCGCCACUGCCCCUCCCCCGACCGUUCCCCCGGGGGCAGCAGCGGCCGGUUCAGCGACUCUGAACGACCCCCCCGCCUCGACCGCCCGUCCCCGCCCUCCCGUGACCCCCCCGAGCGCACCCCCGCCGACAAGCACCUCAAGACGCUUCAAGGGGCGGAGUCAGGGGGCGGAGCCGCGGGGGUGGAGCGCAAGCGCAGGACCGGAGGCGAGGCCGGGAAGGGCCCUGCCAAAAAGGAGCGCCUGUCGGACCCCCCCAGCUCCGCCAGGGGCCCCCAGGGGCCCAAGCAGGACGGCGGCGGCCAGAAGCUGGGCCUGGCCUGGCAGGGCAUGCUGCUGCUGAAGAACAGCAGCUUCCCCACCUGCAUGCACCUGCUGGAGGGCGACGUGGGCGUGGCCACGGGCCUGCUGCAGGAUGCGUCGGCGCGAGCGCCGGUGGGCCAGCUGAAGAUCACCCAGCGGCUGCGUCUGGACCAGCCCAAACUGGACGAGGUGACGCGCCGCAUCAAGGCCGCGGGGCCCGGCGGCUACUCGGUGCUCCUGGCGGUGCCGGGCGGCCCGGACGAGCCCCCGGCCUCGGACCCGGCCAGCUCCACCCAGCGCCCGCUGCGCAACCUGGUCUCCUACCUGAAGCAGAAGCAGGCGGCCGGCGUCAUCAGCCUGCCAGUGGGGGGCGCCAGAGACAAGGACGGCGCCGGCGUCCUGCACGCCUUCCCGCCCUGCCACUUCUCCCAGCAGUUCCUGGAUUCCUCCUCCCGGGCGCUGGCCAAAACCGAGGAGGACUACCUGGUGAUGAUCAUCGUGCGCGGAGCGUCGUAGCGGCGCGCCGCCUGUACCCUGCACGAAAAGUGCAGCCGUUGGCCUGUAAUGUGUCAGUAACACUGCACCGUUCUGCGUUAUGGGAUAGAGCAAUCUCAGCAGGGAGGGAAGGGCCUACACAGUUUUCUUCUGCCCGACAGAAUCCAUAUUCUUGUUAGAGCGCAUAAGUGACGUGUGAAUGUAGUUAAUUGGGAAACAGUGAACUGGUUCUGCAAUUUAAAGGGUCAGUGUCAUGCAUGGUAACAUAGUCUGUUAGUGGACCACAUAGUGUAAUUGAGAAUCUUAAAACCGUAUAAUUAAAAUAUGAAAUACUUCACCCCGUUUGGACUGAAGUUACCCAGUAAUUUAAAUGAUGAUAAUUUAUAAUUUAAUUGAUAAUACAGCCAGUAGUAGCACAUUUCCAACGGUUAAUUUGUUCUUAAAAACUAUAAAGUAGAAUCACUGUCACAAACCAUUAGACUUGCUACAUUUAAAUGAAAACAAGAAUCUUUUUUGAUCUUGGUGUUGAUGUUCAUACAUAAGCACUAAGACUAAGACUUAAGGUUUUCUGUCUUUACAUCUUUGAACAUAAUUUUCAGAUUUACAAGUGAUGUUUGUGAGCCCUGUCACCUCAUCUCAGUUUUCUUCAGUUUCUUCAGGCAGGUAGUAUCUGUGUUUGCCCGAUUGCAGAUUGCUUAUCCCAUAAUCCUUGUGGUACUCCUCUUUGGACAGUGUCUUGUCAGUGAGCUUGUAGAAAGAAAAAUAAGGUGGAGCCAGCUUUAAAUGAUGUUUUUGCAUUAAACCACUGUACUGGAUAGAGCCGCAGACCAGUUCCGUAGAUUUUCACCGUUAUUUUCUUGUUAACUGACCGAGAAUGGUAAGAACUAUUUUAAAAUUCUGCCUUCAGAAUGUUAAUGGUGGGGGGGGGGGAAAGGAUGCCUCUUCAGACACCUUAAAACAUACAUUUCUGGCGGGCCGUAAUGAAUGUGAUUAAACUGUAGCGUUUGAUAAUUGACAUCACAAAGUUUCAUUCAGCAUUUUCCCUGCAAGAACACAAGCUUUUUAAUACUGUAAAGAAAAAAAGAAAAAAGCUCAAACCCAGCUUUUAGUUCUGUUGUCUGUUCUUACAUUCAUAGGAAACAUCCCCUUUAUUUUUCAACAGAGAGGUUUUUUUUCACAGAAUAAAUAACAUUUUUAGGGGGACAUCCCCCUAAAACCCGGGACCUGUAUUCAUAAAGUAGGGGUGCAGGUCAGGAUUCCCCUUCCUGUAUUCUAACCAUUAUGAGCUAAAAAGCAAAAGCUAUUGCUGAUCAGUACUCCUAAUCUGAGAUGAUUUAUGAAUCCAAGUUAUUAUGAAUAUUAUGUUUUUUUUUCCUAUCACACCUUCAGAAUUUAUCAUGGAUAUUUAAUUGCACAUUUGACAAUAGAGAAUUUUGUUACUGGUAUUUGGACGCUCACAUUUUGAAGGCUGUGUUGAAAUAAAUCUGAGUUAAUGCAUCGUUUAAAUUUGUUCAAGGCUCAUGUAGCUGUGUGACACACCUGCUUUCGGGAGCCUCUAGUAUUGUAACUCAUUCAACUGCAAGGAUAACGUUAAAUUUAAGCCGUUCGGGUAAAUUAUUUAAAAACAUCCCAUAAAUAGAAGGCCACUCCAUUUAACUGUUAAGGAUGAGGGAUACAAAAUGAUCCCUGUCUCUUUAGUCCUCAUAGAUGUUUUUAUUUUAUUUUUUAUUAUUAUUUAUUUUAUUUUUUUGGGCUUGGCACCAGUAGUAUGGAGAUAGAAGGUGAAUGAGGUUAAGUCGUUUAUGUACAACGUGCAGACUGAACCCGUGUUUGAGAGGAAUUUGCUGAUAUUCUGUUUUGUGGUAAAACAUUGGUUUAAAAAAAUGAUAUACAGUAAGCCAACCGAGCUACUCAGUUACUAUGGCAAUGAAGAGGUCGAAAGUGCCGUUUGCCAUUGCAUGACCCUGGUCUUUUGACUGUGAUGACCCGAUAGUAUUUGGACCUUGUACAAGAAAGUGUUAAAAAAAGAAAUUGAUAAGCAAAGUGUUCCUGUAGGGUUUUAUUGUGAUGCCAGCUGAAAUGCAAAACUGUCUUAAAACCGUAAACAAAACAAAUUAAUUCAAAAUGACGACCAAAAGUACCCCAUGGACUCAACAUAAUACAGUUGCUUUAUAUUUAAGCAGGGUGCUGAAUUAUGGAAUAAUCAUGGUUUCGUAAGCGAUUAAUAUUCAUUUACCUUGCCGAUUAAUUUCAGUCUUCAUUUUAAAUGUAUUAUUUGCCGUCCUUUUUAAUUUGUUGGUUUAAAUUUAUUUUCACUGUACUCUAAUGCUGAAUACUAAAGCUUUGGAUUUUAUACCCUG